AUGAUAGAUCCAGAAUUUGAAACAGUAAAUAUUUUAUUAACACAGAGUCCAUGUGGAAAACUUCACGCUGACAGAAUUACAGACGUUGAAGCACUCACAGGAUAUAAAGUUUGCCCCUUUUGCAAAGAAGAAGUAUAUUCUAUCCGUGAUGACCCAGAAAGGAAAAACCAAAGAAGAUUUUUAAAACAUUGUGAGAAAUGUAAAGAAAAUAAUGGAAGAUUAAUUCAAGACGUUCAAUUGCAAAACACACAACAACCAUAUGCACCACAUAUUACGAAACAGAAGAUAUAUCAGUGGUUAUUAGCUCAUAAUUUGCAGGAAUAUUAUAAACCAACAAGAUAUUAUAUUACUUUUGACUUCGAAACAUUAGAGACUAAAGAAGAACUUCAACUUUCUGAAUGUGCAACUUUGAACGCUUACUUAAAACCAUUCAUGGUAUCAUCAACAGUUAAAUUAAAGCCGCUUUGCGGCGAGGUCGUAGACCGCGAUAAAACGUAUACGAGGAAUUUUUGCUUAACUUCAAGUGAUUCUUUUAUUUCUGACUGGAUUGAAUUUUUAUUUUCAACCUGUUCAUUAGUUGCUAAAUCAAAUAUUGAACAAUACGAUGAAUUAUUGAAACCGCAAACGGGCCAAACGGCGGGGACUUUGUCCCAUACAUUAAAUGAAAAACAGAAGGAAGCAUUUAAAGAACUUCUAGAUGAGGAAUUCAAUAAAGUGAAUAUCAUAGGUUUUAAUUCGGGAAAGUUUGAUUUAAAUUUAAUUCUUCGUGAUUUUAACACUGCAAAAUGGAAAAUAAAAUCAAUGCUGGGUUCUUCUUCACAAUUUAAGCAAAUCAUUGUAAAGAAAACAAACUGUCCAUAUGAAUUGAGAUUUAUUGACAUCAGAAAUUAUAUAGCGGGUGGAACAUUGGACCAAUUCACUCAAGAUUUCGGAAACAAUAAAACACGUGUUAAAUCCUUUUUCCCUUAUCAAUUUAUCACAUGGGAGAAUUACGAAGAAGAAUUAUAUAAAGAGGAACCAUUCACUCAAGAUUCAUUUUAUUCAGCAUUAACUCAAGAAACUAUAUCAGAUAGUGAUUAUCAAAUAUAUCUCAAUGAUGCUAAAAAUUUUAAGAAUAGAUUAGAAUAUUUUAUUCAUUAUUGCAAUAAAGAUGUUGAAAUUAUGAUUGACCCAAUUGAUAAAAUUAUCGAAGAAACAUUU